UAAAGUGAUAUUCUGAUAGUGAUCUGUAUUUUUCCAGAGAUUCUCUCUCUCAAAUUUGGAGACACAGGUGAAAUUCAGCUAAGGAGAGAGAAACAAUGGAGGGUCUGCCCUCUGGCUAUCGCCCUAACGUUGGAGUUUGUCUCAUCAAUGAUGAUAAUAUGGUGUUUGUGGCUUCUAGACUUAAUGUUCCAGGAGCAUGGCAGAUGCCUCAGGGUGGUAUUGAAGAAGGAGAGGAACCGAGGUCUGCAGCGAUAAGAGAAUUGAGGGAAGAAACUGGAGUCGUGUCUGCUGAAGUAGUAGACGAGGUUCCAGAAUGGCUGACGUAUGACUUCCCUCCGGCUGUAAAGUCAAAAGUGAAUCGACUCUGGGGUGGAGAAUGGCACGGACAGGCACAAAAAUGGUUUCUGAUGAGAUUCACAGCAGAAGAGAGUGAGAUCAAUUUAGCAAAUGGUGAAACAGAUCCAGAAUUCUCAGAAUGGAAAUGGGCUACACCCGAAGACGUCGUUGAGCAGGCAGUCGACUACAAGAGGCCGACGUACGAGGAAGUCGUGAAACAUUUCCAGCCUUAUUUCGCUGCUGGAAAAGCUACAAAAUGCUACUCAAGUAAAUGGUGAAAAUUACACCUACACUAGUCUGUUUUUUGGCUUAUUUUUCUUGUGGUGAUUGUUGUUGUUGUUGUUUGUCUUCAACUUUGCUGUAAUUAUUACAGCAUGGACUCAUUGUAAAUGUAUAUGGGGCUUCAACUUCCAGAUUAGGCUGCUGUUUGGUUUCUAAUAAAAAUGAUUCCUCAAUAA